AUGUUGUCCGCCGAUGGAUCUGUUCCGUUCAGAGCCGAUGCACUUAAUACAAGUCAUUAUUCCAAUCGAGUCUGCUCGCUUGACCUCUAUUAUGUUGCAGGAAUCCACGGUCCUGAAGAUAAAGGGGGGGUUUCAAGAUUAAGCUCCAGAUACCGAAAGGUACGAAUUGCAGCUCCUAUUGUAACGAUUGCCACUCCUAUUUACCACCCAAAUAUCGACACACUAGGGCAAAUAUGUCUUGAUAUUCUUAACCUGCCUCCAAUAUAUGUUAUCCGAACUGCAGAUCGUAUGACCAUGCUUGCACAAGCCCUUGAAUAUGAAAAGUUUGAUAAAUUUGACAGAGUGUCGGUCCCAAAAAUCCGGUAUGCAUGUAUGCUUCAGUAUGAUGGAGAAUUGAAGCUUCCAAAUCACUACCUUGUAUCUCCUCCAUUGAUCGAUAGGACAUCUGGCGAAUGCUUGGUUCAUAAUGGGAUCCACACUUUCGCUUGCAGUGAGACAGUGAAAUUCGGACAUGUGACAUUUUUCUGGAAUGGAAACUGGUCUGGAUAUUUCAAUGCUGAGCUGGAAGAAUAUGUUGAGAUUCCAAUGGAAGAUUUGAUCAGGUGCGUUUGA